AUGACGAGACGCUCCCGCGGCGGCGGCGGCGGCGGCGGCGCGUCGUCGUCCGCGGCGGCGGCGGCGGCCUCCUCCUCCUCCGCUCUCCUCCGGCUCGCGCUCGACGCGAAGACGCGAGAUCUGACGAUCGACGGCGUCGCGCUCUUCCGCGGCGUCUCGCGCGCGCUCGUCGCGACGCCGUUCGCGCACGCGCGAUCGGCGCCGUCGCCGGCGCACCCCGACGGCCGCGCCGUCGCGGCGAUGACGCUGUCGUUCGAAUCCCCGGACGGUACGCCGCGAUCGAGGCACGCGCACGCGCUCGCGCGAUCGUUCGCGGACGGCGUCAGGUUCGUCGCGUGCUCGCGCUGCAAGCUGUGGUGGAUGUCCCCGGCGUGGGGCGCCGCCGCGCGCGACGUCCCGUCCGAGACGCAGUUCAUGCUGUUCGAGCUCGAGGGCGGGAGGGGGUACGUCGCGCUCGUGCCGACGAUCGCGGAGGGGGGCUUCCGAAGCACGCUCACGGGGCAUCGCGCGGACGCCGCGAUCGCGCGCGCGAUCGAGAGAACGCGCGAAGACGCGGACGAAGACGCGGACGACGACGACGCCGCGCUCGACUCGACGCUCUCGCUCGUGACCGAGAGCAACUGCGCGGAGUGUGCGACCGCGAGCGUGAAGCACGCGCUCGCGAUGACCGCGUGCGCGUGUCCGUUCCGCGCGGUCGAGGCGGCGAUGGCGAUGGCGAGGGACGUCAUGUCGUCGUCGUUUCGCCUGAGACGCGAGAAGACGACGCCGCCGACGACGGACGUCUUCGGCUGGUGCACGUGGGACGCGUUCUAUCACCAGGUCACGCCAGCGGGGAUCGAGGAGGGCGUCGGGAGUCUUCGAGACGGCGGGACGCCGCCGCGGUUCGUGAUCAUCGACGACGGGUGGCAGUCGGUGCAGGCGCGUUCUAUCUCACACUGGUUCCCAUACGACCGCGUCGGCGUGCCGGACGACGCGUUCAAGAAGCAGACGGAUCACAUCAGCGGCGACGUCGACGUCGGCGCCGCCGGCGCGGAGUCGCGCGACCUCGCGGCGCUCGAGGCCAUGGACCGCAUGCCAAAGGGCGACGCGCGCGCGCACGCGCACGAGCUUCACGAGCACUCGCUCGCGCUCCGCGUGAAGACGCGGGAGGCGACGGCGGUCGUCGUCGACGCGGCGACGCAUCCCAUCGCCGCGGCGGCGCAUCCGAAACGCGCCGCCAGAGGCGUCUUGUCCCUCCUCGGCGCGUCGCUCGCGAGCGGGUUCGAGACGGUGUACUGGCGAGGGAUUCACAACGUGCCGUACGAUUCGCACGCGUGGCGCGCGCUGCGGUUCGCGGCGCAGUGCGUCUUCUCGCCCGUGAUCAGGUUCGCGUUCAGCGCCAUCUCGUGCUUCAAUCACCGCGUGUCCGGCAUUGAGGCGAACAUCAAGUUCCAGCUCGACGGCGGGCCGGUCGGUCUGGGCGAGGGCGUGACGCACGGGUCGCCGAGGAAAAAACGCAAGCGCGGCGACGGUUUCGGAAGAGUCGUCGAGCGCAUUCGAAGGCUCGGCGUCGAGCACGUGUACUGCUGGCACGCGCUCUUCGGGUACUGGGGCGGAUUGCACCCGAACGAACCCGGGACGGCGAGAUUCAAUCCGAAGAUGCGAUACCCGCGGCACACGCCCGGGGUGAUGACCGUGGAGCCGUCGCAGGCGUGGGACCCGAUCACCGUCGGCGGCGUCGGCGCGACGAGCCCAGAGGAUUUGGAGGCGUUCUACAGAGAGCUCCACGCCUACCUCGCGUCGGCUGGCGUGGACGGCGUGAAGGUCGACGGGCAGGCGAUCGUCGGCGGGCUCGGGCAAGGGCACGGCGGCGGGCCCGCGCUCGCGGGGAAACUGCACCGCGCGCUCGAGGCGAGCGUGCGGGAGAACUUCCCCAGAGGCGACUCGCUCAUCAACUGCAUGUGCCACAGCACGGAGAACAUCUUCCACUUCGAGAGCAGCAACCUCGCGAGGGUCUCGGACGAUUUCUACCCGCUCAACCACGCGUCGCACACGGUGCACAUCGCCAACGUGGCGUAUAACAGCGUCUUCAUGGGCGAGGUCGUCAUCCCGGACUGGGACAUGUUCCACUCGCACGACGACGCGGGACGCCGCGGGACCGGCGCGCUCCACGCCGCCGCGCGCGCCGUCGGCGGGUGCCCCGUCUACGUGUCGGACAAGCCGGACAACCACGGCGCGUUCUACCUCACACUGGUCCCCGUACGACCGCACUUCGACGUGCUCCGAUCGCUCGUGUUCCCCUCCGGCAGAGUGCUCCGCGCCAAGCUCCCGGGACGACCGACGCGCGACUGCCUCUUCGUGGACGUCACGCGCGACGAGCGCACCGCGCUCAAGGUGUGGAACGUGAACGCGAGAGGCGGCGUCCUCGCGUGUUUCAACAUUCAGGGCGCGCACUGGAGCCGCGAGCGGGGCGUCUACGCGAUCGACACGGACGCGCCGCGCGCGGUGACGGCGACGCUGCGAGUGACGGACGUCGUCGGGCUGCGCGAGGCGGCGCGAGCAGAGGCGACCGCCGCGGGGAGGAGCGACGUGGAGGAGCUGACGUACGCGUGCAAGGCGACGGGGGGCGCGAAGCACGGCGGGACGAAGAUUUCGAUCCUCCGCGAGGAAGACGCGUUCGCGCGCGAGUUGGAGGGGAAGGCGUGGGAGAUUUACGCGAUCGCGCCGGUGAUGCGUCGCGGCGACGUGGAGUUCACGCCGAUCGCGCUGGAGGGGAUGUUGAACGGCGGCGGCGCCGUCGCGGCGACAUCUCUGUCCGCGCCUAAAGGAGAAGAGGGAGACGGCGGCGGCGGCGGCGGCGGCGGCGGCGGCGCGAUCGGCGUCGUCUCCGUCUACGGCUGCGGCGCGCUCGCGUGUUACGCCAACUUCGAGCCGACGCGCGUCUCGGUGGACGGGAUGAGGACGACGUUCUCGUACGCGCGCGACGACGGCGCGCUGGUGGUGAACAUCGGGACCGCGGAGGGGACGCACGACGUGCGCGUGGAGUUUGGCGGCGCGCGACGCGUCUGACGCGAUGCGAAUCCGCGGCGGCGGGCGUCGAGGGACCCUCAGACGGGCGGAAGACCGGCGCGAAGCGUCGAGACUUAACGGAUGGAACGCGAACGAGUUAAUAACGAGUUGGGCGGAUUGUCGCGUGUAUUAAUAAAAAGCAAUCCGCCG